CUGGGCUGGGCCUGCAGGUCGGCGGGGAGCGAGAGUAGGGGAGCUGCCGCCGCAGGGAAGGUGCCGCGGGCAGCCGGGACGCCUGGCUUGGCCGUAACCCGGUGCGGGGCCUGGUGGGACUGUGAGGGCCCAUGGCCGAGCCGGCUCCGUUACCUCUGACUUUUGAGGAUGUGGCCGUUUAUUUCUCCGAGCAAGAAUGGCAGAAUCUAGAGGCAUGGCAGAAGGAGCUUUACAAGCAAGUAAUGAGAACCAAUUAUGAGAUUCUUGUUUCUCUAGAUGAUGGACUUCCCAAACCAGAACUAAUAUCCUGGCUUGAACAGGGGAGAGAACUCUUCAGGAACUGGGGAGAAUCACAGAAAUCAGGAAACAUAAUUUGCUCCUCUGCUGAUUUGCAUUUGGAUCCAGUUAUUGAGGGACAACUAUUUGGGGGAAGCCAGCAAGCUGUGAAACCAGGAGAAGCCCACUGCCAUUUCCAAGUAGAUCCUCUUCAGAGCCAGCGUUCCUCUGAACCCUUUUUAGGAAAAAGUGAAGCUGUUUCCUUCAGGCCUGACCAAGUCGUCGCCCUCCUGAACCCACACAGACAUGAUACUCGGGCUCUAGGUCCACUAGUCCACAGCUCCAGGGAACCCACCCGAAGAGACAGAAUCGUAAGUCCCAGGACCCUCGGUCUCCCAGGCUUCCAGGAAACCUCCGGGGAGGGCCCCCAGCAACCUUGCCCCGUCUGUGGAGAAGGCUUUUGGAAGAACCUCUCAGAGCAGCACCAGGGGAGCCACUCGAAGGACCCGCCACACAGGGCUUGGAAUCAAUUCCGCAACCAAACCCAGGUACAACAGCCCCUGAGCAUCCCUCGGGGACAGAGGCACUUCCGCUGUCCAGGAUGUGGGCGGGGCUUCCGCCGGAAGUCGUGUUUGCUUAGACCCCUGGCGAUCCACCCCGAGAGCCAGCUGCCGGGCAGCGAGUGUGAAAUGUACGCCCACCACCUGCGCGCGGGGCCGAGGCCUUCCCAGUGCCCCGGCUGCGACGAGAGAGGCCCCCGGGGCCCUCCCGGCGUGGAGAGGCCAGGCUCCCGGAGAGAGGGCGCCAGGGCCGCCUCCGAGCAGGCUGAGCUCCCGCGCUCGGGAGAGAAGCCAGGCCUGAGCCCGGCUGGCGAGGAGCGCCCGGAAUCUCUCGAGCCCGGUCCCGGCGCGGAGAGGCCGGCCUCCUGCGGCCCGUGCGGCCGGCGCUCCUCCCCGCAGUGCGGGCUUCCAGACCACACCCACGUGCCCAGCGCGGAGCGGCCCUUCCGGUGCGCCGAGUGCGGCCGGGCCUCCCGCCAGCGCGGGCGGCUGCGGCUCCACCGGCAGCUGCAUUCAGACGAGCAGCCUUUCGCGUGCCCGGAGUGCGGCCUGGGCUUCCGGCUGAGGAGGCACGGCGGCGAGAGGCCGCUCUCCUGCGGCGAGUGCGGCCGCGGCUUCGCCCACCCGUGCAAGCUGCGCGAGCACCUGCGGGUGCACAGCGGAGAGCGGCCCUUCGGCUGCCCCGAGUGCGGCAAGAGCUUCCGCCUGAAGGGCAUCCUGAAGGCGCAUGAGCGCACGCACAGCCGCGAGCGGCCCUUCCAGUGCGCGGAGUGCGGCAAGGGCUUCACGCGGCCAUCCAAGCUGGCCGAGCACUUCCGCGUGCACAGCGGCGAGCGGCCCUUCGGCUGCCCCGACUGCAGCCGCCGCUUCCGUCUCAAGGGGCAGCUGCGGAGUCACCAGCGCCUGCACACGGGCGAGAGGCCCUUCCCGUGCCCCGACUGCGGCAAGAGCUACCGCGUGAAGGCCGACAUGAAGGCGCACCGGCUGCUGCACGGCGGCCGGAUGCCCUUCUCCUGCGAGUGUGGCAAAGGCUUCGCCAAGCAGUCCAAGCUCGUGGAGCACAUCAGGACGCACACGGGCGAGAAGCCCUUUCAGUGUCCCCAGUGCGACAAGAGCUUCCGCUUGAAGGCGCAGCUGCUCAGCCACCAGGGCCUGCACACCGGUGAGAGGCCUUUCCGCUGUCCCGAGUGCAAUAAAAACUUCCGGGAAAGGGGCCACAUGCUUCGGCACCAGCGCAUCCACAGGCCCGACAGGCCGUUCGCCUGUGCAGACUGCGGCAAGGGCUUCAUUUAUAAGUCGAAACUCGCCGAACACAUCAGAGUGCACACGAAGUCCUGUCGUGCCCCCAGUGAGCCUGACGUUAAGCAAAGGCUCAGCCAACUGUUUGCAAUGAUCGAGGCCGACUGGAGUUGAGACCGAGUAGGGCGCCCAAAGCGGUCAGCAGAGUCGGUAUUGCCAGGGAGUCCACAGCCAGCGCAGCCAAACCCAAAAUCUGGUAAGACAGAUGGAACAGGGGCCCUUUUUUGAGCAAGAAUAUAAUACAAGUUAGGAAUAUGAGAAACCACAAAGAUUCUCAUUUAAAACAUCACCAGCUAUGUUUUCUAUACAUUGAUAGAAAACAGUGGAUAGAAACAAUAGAUAGGUUUGUUCUUCCCACCAUCUUAACGGGUGAUUUUCCCCAGCGUGCUAAUAAGCUAACUCUGAAAUCCCAGCUUGAAUUUAGACAGCAGGAAAUCCCUCCAGUACUGUUCUCAAAGCUAAAAGGAUGGGGUGACUUAAAUGUCAACUCUUCUUUUUUUCAUAGUAUGAUGAUAAGCAGGGGGUUUAACCCAGCGACUUUUGUUGCAGGCCUGAUAUGAUAGGAUUUGGUUUUGACUUACUUGAAGCUAAUAGCAACAAAAUGAGUUCUCCGACUCAUGGUUUGUCUGUGUGAAUGCUGAAGUUUCACAGCAGGUUUCAUAGUGAUUAUGCAUGGUUACCCUUAAGGAAAAGCGGAUAAUUCAAGCAAAAUUUGAUUAAUCUGGGUUGAAGAAAAUAAAAGCGAAGGUGCUAAGUUGUAUGGGACUAGAGUUUUGUUUUUUUAAAUUGAAGUAUAGUUGAUUUACAAUGUGUUAGUUUUAGGUGUACAGCAAAGUGAUUCAGUUAUACAUACAUAUAUACAUAUUUUUUUUCAGAUUCUUUUCCCAUACAGGUUAUUAUAAAAUACUGAGUAUAGUUCCCUGUGCUAUACAGUAGGUCCUUGUUGAUUAUCUAUUUUACAUAUAGUGUCCCAAACUCCUAAUUUAUCCCACCCCACGGAGGGGGGUAGCUAGAGUUUAGAUAAGAGAUUGGGACAGGAGGUAGAUUUGGGCGUUCCAGAACACAGGUGCUGUUUGCAACUAAGAGAGUGAAUGAGAUUCCCAAGAGUGACUUUCUAGGCAGAUGACUAAAGUCUGAGUUAAGACAAAAUAACAAAGCUAAACAGCUUUAUUAGGGAGCCUGACAGGCAACAACAGUUUCGUGUAGAGAGUUUUCAAGCAAACGUUCAAAGUAAACAUACAAAGAGAAGUCAAGGAAAAUACCCCAUUUGUUACACUAGGUGAAGGCUGUGUGAGCACAGAAUGUUUAUACCCCAGGGACAGAGUUGUACUCCAUCCAGAGAAUUCCUGACUUUCAGAGGGUUUAUGCUUCAUUUAAAAGAAUGGCUGACCUGAAAUUCUAGGGAUGAUAGAAAAUGAGAUGUCAGUAAACUGUAAUAGACAUUACUAUGAAGCAAUAGUUCACAGAUGAUUUUCUCUGGAACACUAGCUUCAAAUAAAUAAGUUAAACAGUUCCCCCCCCUACACACACACAGAGUCUAUGACUCUCAAGAGGAAGACAUAAUAGUAUAUUCUGAAUAUAUUUGACCUUUUUUGACCUUGGGAUUCCUUUCUGUCUUCCCCUCCCCCCCAAAAAAAACCACUAUGAUCUUGUGGACAUCAAUAGAAUUCUACAGGACUCAUUCUGGAAAAUAUUACCGAAGAAUAGUCCUGGCUCCAGCCAAGUAGCCCUUAGUCUAAGACAGAAUAUCAGGGGAUGAACGCCCUCAGUUUUAGGUGACAAAACAGAACUUUAAGUCAGAAUAAAUCUUUAAUUGGUUUUAGAGCACCCCUUUUUCUCAUGUGAUAGGACACUAACAGAGGUGACUGAUGGUAUUAAGAGGUGAUAUGAUUUAGGCAGGUUUAUAAUCACUAGACACACAUGGUUAUGUCUGCUGCGUUCACGAGGCAGCUGACCUCACAAUGCAUGAGGAAAGAAGGGGCAGCGGCCCCUGCUGCAGAUGAGGGCCCGUGGUGAGGGAGCAGGAGGACGAGGAGGAGCUGGAGGAGAAGGGGGUCUGUGGUGGGGGAAGGGGAGGAGGAGGAGGUGGCAGUGAAUCAUGUAGAGGCUUUGAGGGAGACUGAAGGCCCGGGCCUCUAGUUCGGUGUUCUCACAUAUUUCCUGUUAUAAUUGGAGGAUCUCAGAGAUAGUAAAAGAUCCAGAGUGUUUGAAUUUUGUUAGAAACUGGAAGGGUUUUGGAGGAAGUUGAGAAAAAGGGCACGACCCAACUAAACCCCAGUACCCUAGGCUGCCCACACUACAAAUGAAAAAGAUACCAGAGUGGUGUUUAACAAGUAGAGGGAUUUCUGGGAAAGAAGGUAUUAUAAGCACAGGUUCCUAAAACUUCUCUUCCUUUCCUGCCCAAAAUUCCUAAAAAAAAAAAAAAAUCACUGCUGAGAUAUCCUGGUGAAAUCCCUGAACUUCCAAAAAAAAAGAAGGAAAAAAAAAUGUAUCCUGUCACCUACAAAGGAAUAAGAACUCUGAUUGGUGCAACAAUGAAGAUCAUAUUAAAGGGACAGAAUGGUUUAAAAAAGAAAUCCAUUUAAGUCAAGAAGACAAGGUCUCUGCUGAGCCAUUAUUUAACAUUAUAGAAUACAUCAUAUUACUGUGUACCUGGAACAUCCAAGAGAAUCAGCUAGGUAACUACUAUGAGUAAGAAAAAUGACCCUAUUCACAAAAGUCCAGUUACUGUCUUGAUUCAAGAUAGGAAUUAAGCACACUCUUAUGUUUGUGUCUUCUGCCUCUCAGUAUCCCAUUGAAAUUAUAGUAAAGGGAUUUUUCUUCAAAGGCUGUAAAUCCACCACAAAGAACAGAAUUCCGAGGAGACCAUCACCAGAUGAGAAAUUUCAAGAGAUUUCAGAAAGUUAUUAAAGAAUGGUAUCUAAUGAAGAGGAUCAGAGGACUGAGCUGAGGGGACUAUUGAUUUGCUCAGAAGCAGCUCAACCUGGGGAGCCAGGCAGGAUGGAGGCUGGAAACCAGAGCGUUAACUGAAAGUCUGUUACAGUGAAUAGUCCAGCCCCACUCCAUCCCUACCACUACCAACACCAGAAGCAGGAAGUAUGUCUGGCAGCGAGGUAUUUACCUUGUAAGGGAAAAAAGGAAAUGAACAAAGCAUCUGGGGAUAACUAGAAUAUGGAUGUUGUCUGAGAUAAAAGCCCUCCUCAUUCUAGCAUGACUCCUAAGCAGUCAGUCACCUUGGAGUAAACUGUCAUACAAGACCCACCCAUGGACACAAAGAUCCUAAUUGACUUGUCUACUGUUGCAUUCUCAAAUAUGGACAGGCAAGAUUAUCAAACAUUUGGAAAAAACUUUUACAUGAAAGAGAAAGACCAAGACAAGCAAGAAAAAAAGUACGUCAGACAAACCAUAGCCAAUUCAGGAACUAAAAGCUAUAUUUUAAAAUCUCUAAUAAAAAUAUUCAGAAAAAUUGGAGAACACUUAUUAUAAAACAAGAACAUAAUGUUAUGAAAAGGGAAGCAUCUGAAAAACAAAUUCUAGGAAGUUUAAAAAAAAGUGAUUGCUAAAAUAAAAAGAUCUCAGGAAUUCCCUGGCAGUCCUGUGGUUAGGACUCGGCACUUUCACUGCCAGGGCCCCGGGGUUCAAUCCCUGGUCGGGGAAUUAAGAUCCCGCAAGCUGGGCAGCACAGCCAAAACAAAACCCAAAACAAAACAAAACAAAACAAAAUCUCAUAGUAGUAUUAAAGAAAUCUCAGAGAAAACAGAACCAAGUUUCAACAGAUAGAAAAUAAGAGUAAUGGGAGAAAAUGAAUUGUGCAAAUACUAGCCUCUGCCCAUUUUUCUGUAGAAGAAAAUGCAUAUCUAUACAUAUUAUCUUAAUCAUAUAUACAUAUAUGACAUAGAGGUAGGAGGGGAAGAGAGUGGGAGAAAGAAGCAAAUAAAGGGGGGAAAGUACACCAAAAAGCCCCUCAUGUGUGAUUAUCUUCACGCAUCUAUAUAAAAAUGUAUGUGAUUACAAGGAAACUUCGAAAUUUUAAAAAGUAGUAAUAUGAAAAUAAAAUAUAAAACUCAGUCCUAAAGGAGGGCUGGACACUCCUUUUAAUUCUUUUUAGAAUUUUAGAGUUUUAAAUUUCCAAUCUCUAAUAUUACAGGGAAGGAAACCAAAGCCACAGUAAGUGUCUAAUCCACAAUCUCAUACCUAUUUAGUGGCAGGGCUGAGACCUUGUGGGUCUCUUGAGUCCAGGGCAGGGAUCCUUCCACCACACUUAAUUGGAAAUCCAGGAAAUGCAUGUUCUGUGGAUAAGAAAUACUAACUGCUUAAACAAACAAAACCAGCACAGUUACCUAAAACAGGGAAGGAAGAUUACAGAGAAAGAGAACAGAGAAAACCACAGGUAUUCAGUGUAAAAAAUCACAUAGGCAAAGGGAGAUUAUUAGCAGCAUCUUGGAAAAGACCAAAAGAUUAAUGAAAGGGAUUCUUUUUUUAAAUAGGGAAGAAAAGCCAUCGGAAUGAAUGGAAACCCUUUAUGAUUUUAGGGACAAAGAGAUUAUUUAGGAAUAAAAUAGAAUCUUCUUUCUGACAACGUAAUUCACUACUUCACUCUUGACCAAGAUAGUUCUGGGGGGAGGUUUCCAUCAACCUAAAAUGUGAAGCUUGGAGUUAUUAAAUAACUAAAAAUCCAGAAACUUUUAGUUAUAAUUGACAAAAUAAAGGGGAGUUUGUCAUCAGAAGUUUUAAAAUAAGUUAGGAACAAACCAAUCACUCUCAUGGCAACUAGAGGGCUUUUUAACUGUGACCCCACUCUAUAACCUCCCCCCCACCUGGAAACCAGUGUGAUUAUAUCCUGAUGAGAGUCACCUGGUAAAAAGUACAGAAAAGGAUGCGCUCACCAAACACUUAAGUUGUUGAGGGAGAGGCAACAGUUUCUAUUAUGCCUGUGUGGUGUAUCAAGGGAAUAAAAGGAUAGCUUCUCACGACAUCCACUUGGAUGUCUAAAAGACUUCUCAAAUUCGACAUUUCCAAAACCAAACUUCUAAUUUUCCUCCCUUAUCCUGUUCCUUCUGUAGUCCUUUCCAUCUCAGUAAAUGGAAACUCCACCUUCUAGUUUCUUAGGUAAAAAAUCUUGAUAUUGUCUUUGACUUCUCUCUCUCAAAAAUCUCACCUAAUCCAUCAACAUGUCCUGAGAGUUCCAUCUUCAAAAUAAAUCUAGACUCUUAAGUCUUCUCACCACCUCCUCUAAGACAACCUGGCUCAAGCUGCCAUCACCUGGUGCCUGAUUAUUUCAAUAGCCUCCUCACUGAUCUUCCUGUUUCCACCAUUGCCUGCCCAGUCUGUUCUCCAGAGAGCAGCCAGAGUGAUCCUUUAAAAAUAAAAGUCAGAUCAUGUCAUUUUCCUGGUUAAAACCCCCAAUAAUUUGAGGGUCAACAGAUUUGAAGAAGCAAGAGAGACCAAAAAGGAGAGAACAGUGAGGUGAGAGGGAUCCCAUGAGAACAUGGUGUCUCACUAGCCAAGCAAGGAGAGUGUUCCAAGAAGCAGGUCUGCUGCUAAGGAGUACAAUGAGAACAGGGAAAUGGCCAGUAGAAUUGGCAACAUUGAGAUAAAUGUUGACCUAAUCAAGAACAGUUUCAUUGGGAGCUGUUGGGGCAGAAAGGCAAAACUUGGUUGAUUGGUGCAGGAGUGUGAAUAAGGAAUUGGAGACAGGCUACACAGAAAACUCAAGUUUGAAAGAAGUUUGGUCAUGAAGGGGAAAAGAGAAUUUGGCCGUAGUGGGAAAAGUUAUUGAUACUGGAGCAUGUUUGCAUGCUAAUGGAGGAGGAUUCUGAAAGAGGAGGAAAUUGAUGUCGAGGGGAAAGAUAAUAGAGGAAGUGGAGGAAUUGGCUUUUGAUGAGGGAGGGACAUUUUCCCCACAGUAACUGGAGGAUAGGAAAAGAGGAGGAGAGGGACUCUGUCCCUUUGAACCACUACCGUCUCCCUUUUAGUGUGCAUUGUGCAUCUGCAUUACAUAUACAUUAACUAUAUCCUCUUAGAAGACACAGUAAUGCCUACUCGCCAAAAAAAAACCACCUCACCCAAUUUCCUCCUGGCACCGGCAGGGUAACUGCUUAGAAGUUAAUAUUCCUUUCUCAAUCCUGUAAGAGGUCACAAUAACGCACUACUUGCCUCGUUGGACUAUGUAAACUGUCAAUACAGUACUUUGAUGUAUAACCCUUUGUCUCAAAAAUCUAUAUAACUGUGCUUUGCCUUCUGAUAGGUGGAACAGUCUUCAGAGCUUUCUGCAAGACUGUCUCCCCUGUAAUAAUCCUCAGGUUGGCUCAAAUAACAAUUUCCAUAUCUUUAUGAGACUGACUAUUAAUUUUUUUCACUGUCGAGGAGAAGUUUGGUGUACCAAAAAUUCAGGCAAAAAAAGGCAACCUUACACAUGAUCCAAUUCCCUGAUUUAUAUGCCCAUCAAUUUUAGGUCCAACCUUGUGUAACCCCCAAAAGAGGAAGGGGCGGGACUUCCCUGGUGGUCCAGCGGUAAGGAAUCCGCCUUCCAAUGCAGGGGACUCAGGUUCGAUCCCUGGUCGGGGAACUGGGAUCCCACGUGCCACGGGGCAACUAAUCCUCCGCACCACAACUACUGAGCUCGCAUGCCUCAACUAGAGAGCCCGCGUGCCACAACUACAGAGCCCACACGCCCUGGAGCCAGCGUGCCACAACUAGAGAAGAGAAAACCCACAGGCCACAACUGGAGAGGAGACUGCGCACCACAACGAAGAGCCCACGUGCCUCAACGAGAGGCCACAUGCCCCAACAAAGAUCCCGUGUGCCACAAGUAAGAUGUGACGUAGCCAUUAAAAAAAAACGGUUGGGGGGGCAGAGUUUAAAUUCCAGUCCUCCCAGAGCCUGGGAGAUAUGGACCGGAUGCGCAGCGCUACGACCUGCCUCUGGAGACUCUUGGCUCCUCCUGCCUGCAGGCGGCGCCGUAGGAGCCCAGUCCCCGCGCCAGAAAGGCAACGUUCCCAGGAUGCCUUGCGUGUCCCCAUGGCAACGGCCCCCGCUGAGCGGGGCUGACGGGCGCAGGCCCCACCCCUGAGCGGCCAGUAAGAUUGUCUGGUCGUCCGCCGCAGCACCAGCGGGGCAUUCGAAAAGGGUACCCCGCGCCCAACCGAGGCCUGGAAUCCGGCCGGGGACCAUCCCGGGGGUGGGCUCAGCGGCCGCGCCCCGGGUCUCGGGCUACGCAGACUCUGCAAGUGUCAGCGGUGACCUCUCGGCCCGGCAGAGGGGGCGGUCCGCGGUGGCAUGAAGAAAAGCCUGCUCGGGCGGUAGCCGGGCCUGGAGGAGGCGCGGUCCGGGAUGCUCGGACUGACUGUGAAAUCUGCAGCCCUAGCCCAGCAGUCUAACCCGAGCUCGCGCGUUGGAGUCCAGAGGGGGCCGUGCAGGGAAAUCGUGCUCUCAGCCGUGGAUACUAAGUUCCUCGAAGCAGUGACUGAUGUUUUUCUUAAUCUUUGUUACCCAUGCAGAGUGUUUCCCCAGUGGGCGCUCUACAAACACUUGUUGAAUCAGUGAAUUAACGAAUGAAAGAGAUCUACACAUAGCCACUGAUUUUACAGUCAGCCCAGGGCUUUCUGAGUGUUCCUGUUUCUCUGAAGCUCAGCUUGUGUGCUGGGAGUACUGUUAGUAAGGUACAGAGUGGGAGAAAGAACAGGGAAUUACGGCUGAGAAAAGGAAAGGAGUCCCAUAGGGGAACAUAGAGUAUAAUACUAAAUUACAAUGAUAGGGACUGUCACUUUAACAUGUAGUUCUUUAGAAAAUGAUAAUGACGGUUGCAACUCUUAUUUUAGUUUCAUGUCUUUCAGAGAUUCUCAGGGGUGACAGUAACUCAGUUUCCUGAUACUUAGCUUAAAUUGAAACAAUGUUUCCCAAGAAACAUGACAAUUAAUUUCUUACUGCCUUUUCCCUAACACACUCACACAAAAUGGUAUUCAGAAUAGAAUCUUUAGGGGUCAUAAUCCAACUCCCUCACUUUACAGAUGAGUAAAGUGAGUUACAGAGAGGUUGAAGUGACUUGCUCUAGGUCAUAUAGCUAGUGACUGAGAAUACCGCCUAGGUUUCUUGAGUUCCAGUUCUAUGCUCUCCCUCCUUCCUUUCAACACAUAUUUAUUGGAACUUCUUCAAUAAAUAUUAAUACAGUAUUGUUUCUCUUGGGUUGUGGCUGCUUAGUCAAGCUUCUGUUCUACAUAUUCCAAGUUAUCAGGAAGCUAUAGGGCAUUUCCU